CCAUGCCAACUGGUUGCAGUGGCCGAAGGAAAGAAGGAAGAGGAGGAAGAGGAGGAAGAUGAAAUCGGAGGAAGGAAGAGGUGAAUAGAAACAGACGUGUUGGCCACAGAGUCGAAGAGCUACAUAUACGCACACGGAAAACAUGUCGUCAGAGCUGUUGGAGCUGCUGAAUGAUGUUCUUAAAAACUUGUCCUCGGAACACGACGUCGAUGUAAGGAAUGAGGGGAUUGAAAAUACAGCAAUGAGAAUCUUCAGGACGUUUGCGAUCCUCAAGUUUGACUAUCAGGGUGAUCCUCAACAACUCCAGAACAGUUUGCAGUCUGGAGAUAGAGAAUUGUUCUACCCUCUGCUAUCUCACAUCCUCUCUAAACUUCCGGAUCUUCGCAAGAGAGCCUACCUUGCAAAGUUCUUGACUCCCAUUGAUGUCCCGGAAGAGAUGUUCGCCGAUCCUGAUAUCAUGGAGAAGUUUCAGCAGUAUAAAGAUCUCCAGGAGCAGUUCAAGAUCACUCACAAGGAAACUGAGCGGAUCCGAGGCACGAGUUUGCAGCCGACCGAGUUGAAGCGAGAGGUUUCACAGUUGGAGGAAGAGAAAAGCCAGCUCAAGACGAAGAUCAACAAGUUAGAGCAGCGCCUGAAGAAGAACGAGAACUUCAACGAACUCUACGAA